GACCUCCCGUCCGGAGCAGUGAGUGCAAUGGCGACAACCACUCCACUCGUCGUGGUCUCCUCCUGCAACGGCUGCCGCCGCCCUUAUCCACACCGCCGCCGUCGCUUCUCCGGCAAGCCCAAGCCUAACGCGUUGCCCCCUCUCCUCUCCCUCUCCCUCUGCGCCAUCCCAGCCGCCGCCCCCCUCGUCCCCCUCCCGCGCCGCCGGCGCAAUGUCACCGCGGCCUACGGCGACGACGACAUGGACGACGACUUCGGCGACUUCGACGCCGACGACGCGGACGGCGUCGGAGACGACGACGACAUCGACAACGAGCAGGACUACGAUGUCGACUACGACCGCCUCCUCGCCCCCGUCAAGCCGCCGCUGCCUUCUUCGCUGCACGGGGAGGAGGGGGACAUCGCCAUGGUCGCCGCCGAGAGCUUCGUCUCCACGCAGGACUCCGCCUCCGACACCGUCGUAGACUACACCGUGGACGAGGACGAGUUCCACAAGAUCAGGCUGCUCCAUUGCGACUUCCUUAUCCGAAAGGUGCCGGACCCCGACGACGACGUCUUCGACUUCAGAGAGAUGUAUGUCACGCCGCCAGACACUGAUAUCUACUCCAUUCCAAGGGUUCUUGCCCCAAUGCCACAGAAGUAUGUGAGGUGCACAAAGAAAGAUUUCGGCCGUUACAACGUGACUGAGCCACCAGUUGAGCAUUUGCGUGAUCCCCUGUACAAGACUGAGAGGGAAAUAAUGAAGGUUUUCUUAACCAAACACUACAGAAACAGGCGCGCUGAUGACCCAGAUUUUUUCCUUGAUUUUGAGGAGAUUUAUGUUAUUGACUCAAAGACGAGGUCAAUCACAAGAGCGAAAGUUGUGGUUAGUGUCCCUGAAGGAAAGAAAAGAGAUAGGCAAAACGACCUGCUACUGAUACGUGAUGGAGGGGAGUCUUUUAGAAUAAUCGACAAGACUAAAAGGGACGAUGCCUCCACUGUAAUCCAAAGAGAAGAGUGGGCAAAGUCGAGACAAGACGUGGAGAAGCAUUUCAGAAAGCUCAGAGACUUUGACUACUCGAAUUGGUUCUGAGGAAAUAGCUGUUGGAUUUGUUGCAGAAAAGAAUGAUAUGCAGCGAUUUUACCAACUCUGCUGCUGAUUGAUCAGUGCAAGCUACUGGUGUGAUCAAGUGAGAGAUGGCAUCUCGAGGUAGAUAGGUUGCUGUAACAUUAGUUGUAGCAGGUAGAAUGUGUGCCAUCUAGGGAUGGAGCAUGUAGGCACAACGACUGAGACCCUGAUGAAUUGCUUCUUUUUUUUUUGUUGACCUCAGUUGAUCAACGAAUGUGUUUUAAAAG